UACAGAAGCCUGGCUUGAUCUUCUCCCAACCUUCCAACCUCCCAAUCCAAAGACCCCCGGGACUGCUGCAACCUCAUAACAAUCAUGCAGUUGACUUGGAAAACAAUCGCACCUGUUCCAACCUCUCAGGAGUUCUUGGACAUUGUAUUGUCCAGAACCCAGAGGAGGCUUCCAACACAGAUCCGCGCUGGUUUCAAAAUCAGCCGUAUUAGAGCCUUCUACCUGCGAAAGGUGAAAUUCACUGAGCAGACUUUCUCUGAGAAACUUGGAGCAAUUUUAGAAUCGUUCCCAAGAUUGGCUGAUAUCCAUCCAUUUCACAGCGCUCUCAUGAAUACCUUAUAUGACGCCGACCAUUUUAGAAUCGCCCUUGGCCAGCUUUCAACUGCGAAACAUCUUAUCGAACAAAUUGCUCGCGACUAUGUUCGGUUAAUCAAAUAUGCCCAAUCUUUGUUCCAAUGCAAACAGCUCAAGCGUGCUGCGCUAGGCCGUAUGGCUACCAUUACCAAGCGAUUGAAGGGCUCUCUAGAGUACCUUGAGCAAGUUCGUCAGCAUCUUGGCCGCUUGCCAUCCAUUGACCCAAAUACCCGAACUCUCUUAAUUUGCGGCUAUCCAAAUGUUGGGAAGUCCUCAUUUUUGAAAUCUGUUACCAGGGCGGAUGUCGAUGUUCAGCCAUAUGCCUUCACGACCAAGUCACUUUAUGUUGGUCACUUCGAUUACAAGUACUUGCGAUUUCAGGCCAUCGAUACUCCUGGUAUCCUAGAUCAUCCCCUCGAAGAAAUGAACACAAUUGAAAUGCAGUCGAUUACCGCUAUCGCGCAUCUACGCUCUGUAGUUUUAUAUUUCGUCGAUUUGAGUGAACAGUGCGGGUACACUAUCGAGGCCCAAGUCCAACUUUUCCACUCUAUAAAGCCCCUCUUUGCGAACAAGAUCGUUUUUCUUGUGGUCAACAAAAUUGACGUCGUGAGGCCCGAAGACCUCGACCCCGCUAGACUGGAACUACUGGAGACAAUUACCAAGUCUGGGGAGGUAGAAAUGUUGAAAUUGAGUUGCCAUACGGAGGAGGGUGUUAUGGAUGUUAGGAAUCAGGCUUGCGAGAGGCUACUGGCGUUGAGGGUAGAACAAAAGCUUAAGAACGUCAUGAGCAGCGCUGUAGGAAAGGAGGUAACGGAUAUCCUCAACAGAAUUCAUGUUUCCAGACCAAUUGGGGAAUAUUUGCAGCCAUUUAUUCCUGAUGCCGCCCUUAACAGGAAGAGGUACAACAAAGGAGACCCUGAGAGGCGCAAGUUGGAGAGAGAUAUUGAAGCUGAAGAGGGGGGUGCUGGUGUCUACAACAUUAAUCUUAGGAAGAACUACUUGCUGGAAAACCCUGAUUGGAAAAUGGAUAAGAUUCCCGAGAUCUAUGAUGGCAAGAAUGUUUACGAUUUUAUUGAUCCUGAUAUCGAACAAAGGCUUGCAGAACUUGAGGCCGAGGAGGAGCAGCUUCAAGAGAGUGGAUUUUACGACGAGCCUGAGGAUAUUGAGGAUGAACAGGAGGCAGAGAUCCGCACUAAGGCUGACUAUAUUCGUGAGCAGCAAGCGCUGAUGCGUAACGCUGCUCGCUCUAAAAAGAGUACCAAGAACCGUGCCGUAAUUCCCAGGAGUGCUGGUCAGGGGAAGAAACUCAGCGACAUGGAGGCGCACCUUGACAAACUUGGUCUAGACUCUUCAAAUAUUGCUGCGAGAGCAAGAUCGAUAUCCAGGGGGAGAGCAGCAGCACGCGCUGCGAAAGAUGCAGAUGCUAUGGACCUUGAUGGGGGUUCCACCUCCAAGAAGAUGACACCCAUUGAGCGUGCGAAGAGUCGGGCAAGGAGCAUUAACAGGCGUGAAGAUGGUAUUGCCGACGAAUCUGGAAGAACCAAGGCUGAGAAACUUGCCAAGUUGCAGCAGAAGCGGAUGAACAGAAUGGCUAGGCAGGGAGAAAGUGACAGGCACGUUAGCGCUAGCUUGCCUAAACACCUGUUCUCGGGAAAGCGUAGCAUGGGCAAGACGCAAAGGCGUUAAACUCUGUUCUAUGGCGUGGUGGGGUAUUGGAAAUGGCUUGUUCAUAUAAAAUUUUGAAUUCCGUUUCCUUUUUUUCUUUGUUUAAAGGUUUUAUGAUGCGGUUUUCAUGUUGCAUGGGAUAAAUUCCGUCAAAAUUGUCAGGAUGGAAUGGUGUAAUAUAAUAGUAUCAAACCUAAGAGCGUAAUUCCGAUCUUGUCCACUA